AUGACCGCCCAGAAUAAAGACCAGAACCAGCCCUCAAACCUUUCUAACGAGUCGAUGCCUCCCGGGAAGCCCCCGUUUGCCGACCGAAGACUCUCUGUUCUUACCGCCGGUGCAAGUCGGGCGUCGCCCGAAGUCACAAUGUCCUCGGCUAACUGUGAACCCGUCCGAUCGGUUGGAGCUAUCGGAAGCUCUCGCCCCGGUUCAAGAAUAGCUGAUCAUGGCCAGGCUCACUUUGGCCAAAUAUCCAACACUGCUUUAAAGAAUUCGGUGUGGCCAGAAGCCGCGGAAACCGGCGGCCGCGUUGCCUCUUCCAAUCCCCGGGACCUUCCCCCCACUCGAGACCAACCGAGUGCCGCGAUUUGCGGCAGCAUCAGCUCGGGCGGCUAUGCGCUCAGCUCAAGUAUGUGGGCUGCUCCUGCUCCAAGUGGCACAUCUCAUCCUGCUCAUCAGGAUAAGCUCAAUAACCACAAUGGCUUUAGCACCAACCGAUCGGCCCCUUUACUCAAGGAGCGUGAUCCUCAUCUGAACCCCCCGCGCCAGCAACCGGAGCCUGUCUCCCUUGACCGCCCGAACAACUCCCCACCGGAUCACGCAUCGAAUACAGCGCGUCCCUCAGCUGACCAUCCUCUGUCGAGCACCCUCUACGGUCGCUCCUUCCUAGCCCCUGAUGGCGGCGGCUCUCAUCCCAAGAACAGGAUGUUCAAUGGAUACUCGAUGUCACCUGAUGAAAACAACCCAUACAGUCACCCUCUUAAGAAGCUGGACGCUCGAUAUCCCUCACCGCACACUUUUGCCUUCGACCAUGUUUCCAGCGAACCAACGUGGUCCCUACCUAUGUCGUUCGGUGAGGAAGCUUUUUACUCCAAGUCAAAUGUUACCAAGUCCAAAAACCCUAGUGUCGAGUCGGGAUUACGCCCGAAAUCACCGGGGGUCUGGAAACCACUAGACGCCCCACUUCCAUUAUCUCAUUGUUCCCCUCCUACUGAUAAUUCUCGCCCAUCGUUAGCUUCACCCUUGGCUGUGCAAUCUCACACCAAUGAGCUUGUGAGCCAGCUCCUGCUGAGAAUUGAGCAACUCGAGCGCAAGACUGUCAAACAAGACCAAGAGAUUCACCAACUGAAGGCUAACAUUAGUCUGGUGGGUGCACAAUCACAACGAGAGCAUCAAGCCAAUGUCAAGCUGGUCAACAAUGUGCCGAGCGGUAGCAAUUUUUCCGCUAAUCUGCAGACCGGUAAUACUUUCCCCAGUCCUCUGCAUACCCGAUUAGUUCCAUUAGGGAAUCCCAGCAUUUUAAAUAAUCCCAAUGUUGGUGCGGGUUUAAAUACAGACACCAAUCUCAACAACGGUCUUCCGCUUUCCCAAAACAAUGCCGUACCCCUGCCUCCUCGCCAACCAGAUGAAACAUCUGGCCCAAUCGUUCCCGGUGUCAAUCCCGUCGUUGUUUCUGGUUUUCCUCAGCGGCAAUUUGGACCGUUAGAUUACUCUACGUUACGCGUGAACCCAAUUGGCACGGGAACUACGAUGAUUCCACCAUCCUUACAAAACCCUGCCCCAUCUCAUGGUGCACCACCCUCGAAUGCUCCAGGAAUAGUCAACUACCGAGCGCUCUUAGCAGGUGACACUGAUUGUGAUUAUGAGUAUUUCAUACGCAGGAUCACCAAGCACAACGACCAGCAAGCAAGUAUAUUUAUGCAGCAAAAGCUCAAACAAUCAGCUUUGACACAAUCAACAGGCGUUGAAAAAAACCCGACCGAUCCCCUAACUCGCCACACAGAAAAACCGCGCCAAGAGAUUACGAGACUGGUGAUUGAGUAUAGCCUUGAACUCAUGACCAAUCGCUUUGGUAAUUUUUUAGUUUCGCGGGCAAUUGAACACGCGACUUCCGGAGAGCGUUUGGAGCUUGCAGAGCGGAUCUGCGGUCAAAUCGUUACGCUUGCUCAGGAUACAUUUGCAACCCAUUGCCUUCAGAAAAUGAUUGACGUUGACGAAGAAGGAGAAAACCAUGUUCGAAGAAUGGUCUCGCAAGAACUCCUAAAGAAGAAAGAGACUGUGACGCAUAAGAGUGCUGGACAUGUUUGGGCCCGACUUCUAAGUGUUGGUGGGGGAUCCAGCAGUACCAUAUCUUUAAGCACCGGUAACGGUAAGGCCACAGGACUGAAUCAAUACGGAGAUGGUGCGGGUAAAUCGGGGGGCUUGGAACGUAGUCUGAACGAGUUGCUAAAAGGCGAAUGGGCUGCAACUGCGAAAGAUGAAGUGGGAUCGUUGAUCGUCCAAAGUGUCCUCGAGAACUGGAAUGAAACCGCCAAGGCAGAUGUGGUGGAAGAGCUUCUUGCAGAUAUUUAUUCUUGUGCUGUGCAGCAGUGGGGGAACUUUGUGAUUCUUCAUUUAAUAGAGCAUUCUACUGGUGCCAUACAGAAAAAACUGUUCGAAAGAUUGACCGAGACUCAAUUGGCUUGCGAGUUGUCCAUAGAUAAUUUCGGGGCAAAGGCGAUUGAAAAGGUCCUCAAAGUUUCGGGAAUGGAAAGCAGGAUUGUUGAGGACUACGUCAAAUCGAUAUGCGAGUAUGGACAUGGGAGACCAGCCUUAAUCGACAUUGCAUGCCAUCAAGCCGGAGCUCAAGUUUUGACGCUUCUGUUUACAUCUGCCCCGAAUUCUAUUAGGGAUUUGAUGAUUCAAACGGUGAGACGAAACGGCGUGACUAUGAAAUCCUCCAAAGCCGGAAGUAAAAUAUGGUUCUUGGUUGAGAGGACCAGAGCUUGGGUUGGGCACUGAAUGCCGCAACAAUUGGGCAUGAAACUGAUUAUCGAUCGGGAUGCCGUGGACUUCAACACAGAGAAGUCAACUCGAGAAACUAGUUAGG